AUGGGGUCAAAACCCGACGUUUCACCCGAACGCCGCCCGGAUCGCUCCGGUGUCCCCGUUUCCCGAGCUGAGGAUCCUGCGCUGCCCCACAGCCCCAUCGUGCAGCGGAUACGGGAGGACUGCGCUGAGCCCUUCGUGGCCUUCGAGCAGUGCCUGAAGGAGAACCAGGAGUCGGUGCUGAAGUGCAGUGAACACGUCAACGCCUUCCUGCGCUGCGCCGAGAGGGUGAAGCUCCCGGCGUGAAGUGAGAGGAGACCCCUGGAACUAAAACUCAUGGUCAGAAGCAAAGGAAAACUCUUGAUACUCUGCAUUCUCAUCACACUGCUUGGUUGGGUCGCUGCUCCCCCUCUGAAAAACCCGUGGGUCGCUUGGGUAGGAAGCGAAAACCACCUUUUUUUUCCUGCAGUUUGUACUGAGGAAUUCCUUUUGUCUCUGAGGACAGUGUUUUCCCUUUGUGUCAAUAAAAAGUAACCAGCUAACACACUGCUGAAGACUGAAAGCCAGUUCUGGCUUUUUCCACUGGUGAUAGAAGCUGCUUUUGGAGCUGAACUGACUCCAGCCGUGUUUCCUCAAGCAUGGAGUUCCCAGCUUGCCCAGUUUGGGAGCACCGUGGGCUUCGUGCCGCUUUAGAACAGCAGAGGGAGUUUUCCCACCAGCAGAACGACUGCAAACUUCAGAGCUCCUCAAACUCUGAGCCACCAGCAGCGCAAUGAGGAUCUGCCCGUGGGAGGUUGGGGGGCUGCUGCCCACCUCCUCACCUUGGGGGGACACAGGGCCCUGCGGGGAGGUUAUUUCUGGGCUGCAAUGAGUGGAAAUAAAGCAUAACGCUGUAAGGAUGUUUUACAAGGAGUGGGUGAAGAGAUUCUGCCAAGGGAGAACCGCUCUGCUCCAUUGUGCUGCUCUCUGCAAACCGCUGUUUCUCGACCCCCGCUGCUCCCAUUCCAGCCAUCUGACCGCUCUUUGGGAAGAGGAAUUUUCCCUAACGUCCAAAUCUGAGCCUCACCUGGAACAGCUUGAGGCAGUGAGUUGUUGUACCUGAAAGGAAAGGUGAGGCGUGGAGCAGGAACUUGGCUCGGAUCCAUUCCCAGUGCCGUACCACCCCCAGGUCGCACAGAUCCGCGUUCCAGCCCGGCGUGAGGCCAGGUGAGGUUGGCAGCCAUUACUUAACGUCUCCUCCAACUGGACAGAGUUUAACUCCUUUGGGGAGAGGUACAGCAGAUGGGAGCGGGUCUGUCCCUGCUUCCAGCACAGCCCGAAUCGUCUCGACGCACUUCAGCACGAGUGGGAUUGGAGAUGGAGUGGAUGAGAGCAUCCACACUCACAGAAAACAUUUUCCUUUUUACUGAACGCACAGAAAACGUUUUCUUUUUCCCUUUUACUGAACGCUGUGUUUGAAAUGUAAAGCUAAAACACGUCCUGCUUUCCAAGUCGGGAGGAAAAGGAGACCGGUAGCUUUGCUCUGAAGGGAAUUUUGGGAAGUGCUAUUGGAGGAAAAGCUUAUUUUGAGUGAUUCUUUGGCGAUGCAUUUAUCCUGAGCAGCACAGUUGGCAAAGUCUGCGGCCUGAACAGCUUUAUUAAGGGCUGCAUGGGAGCGGAGGUGCUCUGCAUGUUGUUGACACCGCAUUGAAAUGUCAGCACGGUGGCAGCAAAACCAUUUUUUCAUUAUGGUUGAGGUGCUGUGGGCCCCCUCUGAAGCCCGGUCACGUCUUCUCCAGAGCUGGAGCCGCUCCAUUAUUUCUUCAUCAACGCAUUAACCACUGAGCUGCCGGGGUGCCUGGCGUGGGGCAGCAGGAUCCGACCGAUUCUGAACCUGGGAAUUGUGGAGACAGAGUUGUGCUGCUUUUUUCCCUCUGCGUUUUGGCUGUGACAAGUGGAAGAGGAGGGCACAGCAGCACAGCCACGUGCAGGUGGUGAGAAACUGCCGCUGAAAACAGGAAAAAGCUGUUAUUUCCAAACCCGUCCACCACUUCUGUGUUUCUACCUUUGGAAAACGUAGUCAGUCACUUCCUAAAGAGCGGCACCUAAAGAGCAUUUCAUAGAGAAGGCAUCGGAUGCUCCGCUGUUUUUUACCCAGCAGAAACUGCCAUCUGAAAACGUGGGAUGUGCAGAUCUCUUUGUCACUGGGGUUCUGAUUCCUGGCUCCCAUCCUCACUCCACAGCCAUCGCCCCAUUCUGUGUUUUAUUUCCCCCACUAUUAAUUGUUCUCAGCUCUGAUUGUGUUCGUGGGUUAAGCAAGCCAGGGGUCAGUUCUGCUUUCCCUUCCCCACUGAGUGUCCCUGCAAGGAAACUCUGAGCUCCCCCAUGCUUCCAUGCAUGUCCCCCCAAACAAAAAACACCCACCCAGCUGGGGAGCAACGAGGAAUAAUUAAUUAAAGCGUUCUGAGCUGCUUAUCUAACAGACACCCGAGGAUCGCCGCGAUGAUUCCCUGCCUCAUUUUUCCCCUUUUCUUUUUGGAGCUCAAAACACAAAGUUGAGCACCGGGUUUUUUUGUUUCCCUCCCGUGGCUUUGGCUGAUGUUGAUGUCACUUUUCUUUCCAAGCUGAACUCUUGGAGGUGAAUCACACACCGCCCCGGAAUGAGGAACUCCCCCGAACGCCUCUUUAAUUUUUCACCCAGAAAAUAUUCUCGUUUUACACUCUGCUUCUCUUACUGAAAGGAGCCAUAAAUCAGCACCGUCCCUUUGGUGUUGGCCGUCGAUGGGGGAGAUUUAGUGCUGCCAGCAGCCCCGGGUCUCUGGUGGGCAGCAGCAGAGGGCAGAGAUCUGUGCGGAGCCGCAUUCCAUUCGCACACACCGUUUGCUUUCCUUGGCUGCUGGCCCGCUGGGCUUCGAGCUGCUGCGAGGGGAGCAGGGUGGGCAGAUGAAGGGUUUUCCACUCUCUGUGGCCGCUCUGUUGUUUUGCUUUUCUUCGCCUUUCUCCUCCUCUUUGGGCAGGGGGAAUUUCCAGCGUGCUGUUGUGAGCCCUGUGUGCUGAGAGCAAGGUUUGCUCCUCUCAAAAGCACUGAGGCAAAGCCAGAAAGCGUGGGUGUUGUCCAGCCUGCUGCCCUCCUGCUCUCUGUUCUGCUGCAGGGUGAGCUCAGCCUUUCCCUGGAGUGAUUUCCUCCCCCUAAGUGCACAUUCCUCAUCACUGCCACGGCACUGAGCUCCCCGCCAUCCAUCGGUGCUUUGCAAAGGAGUCAGAUCCCAAUCACAAAGCUUCUCCUGCCUCAGAAACAGUGCUUGCUGUCUCUUACUGCUGCAAGAAUGCAUUCCCAGCUGCAAAACACAGCUGGGAGCAAUCACCGAGCCCCGAUACCUGCCUGUGCUGCUGGUGCUUCCAGUGGGACCCCCUUGCAACCCACCGAGCUGCCUCUGCGUGACAAAGGUGGAAGCGAAUCGAGUGCAGCCCAGUGGCUACGUGGGCAAAACUACACCCAAAACUGCUGUUUCUGCAAAAAGUUUCCCCUUCCCUCUUCGAAAGAGGCGUCAGAGUGAUGGUGAAGGGUCAAGCUGCAGAGCGAAUGCAAAGGGAAGUGAGUGCCCAGCAGUGGCUGUCACAUUCACGCAGCUUUGUUGAGAGGGGUGAGCUCUGGAAGGGCUGUGGUUGUGUCACACAGAUUUUUUUCUCUCCAUUCCCUCCGACAGUCUUGGGAAGGCAAAAAAAAAAUAAAAAAAAAUCCUGA